AUGGGAACACCUCUCUUUGCUGCUGGAGGAUCUUCUCUGGCACCAAGCAGACGGUGUUCCCAGCUGGCACUGCUGCAGCUUCAUCAGAGCCAUGGACUGGGCACCAGCAACUCCAGGACGCUUACUGCUGUGCCACUGGGAAUACUUUACUGGAAUGGGAUAAUAGGACCUCGACAGCACCCAUGGACCGACCCACGGAGACAGUGUUCCUGGAGAAGCUGCCCCAGCAUCACCCAGCUCCUCAACUGGCUUGAGCUGCCUGACAGCUUCCUGCUGGUGACGGAGCAUCUGGAGCCAGCACAGGAUCAGUUUGACCUCCUUGUGGAGUGGGAGUUCCUGUGCAAGAAGACGGCAUGCUGGCUGUUCUGCCAGGUGCUGGAGGCUGUGUGGCACUGCGCCCACUGCGGUGUCCUGCACCGCGACAUCAAGCCAGAGAACAUCAUCCUCCACCCGGACACCAGCGACCUCAAGCUCAACGACUUCAGUUUUGCCACCUUCCUCUGGGAUGAGCCCUACACAUGCUUUGCAGGAACACAGCAAUACUGCCCACCGGAGUGGAUCCACUUUGGCCUCUACCGUGGCCACUUGGCAACCAUCUGGUCCCUGGGCGUGCUGCUCUGUGUCAUGGUGUGUGGGAACUUCCCCUUCGAGGAGGAUGAGGACAUUAUGGCAGGGCAGCUUUGCUCCUGGCAGCAGGUCUCUUCAGGUUGGUCUCAGGCUUUGGGAGAUAGCCCCGUGCACACCAGCAGAGCGCUCACACAGAUCCGCAGGAGCUUUGUCUCCCAUUGGUGGCUGCAGGAGGUGGCCCUUGACGGGGUUGAUCUUGCACCGGUUGCUGAAGGAGCUGGUGCAUGUUCUGUCAUCCCACUCUGCUCCACAGCGCAGAGUCGGCCAGGAGGCUUGUGCAGCGCUGAGCACACGUGGCGUGGCAUGGCCUGGCACAAGGGGCACAGGAGCCUUCUCCAACUCACCGCUGCUUUCUGGUUUCUCUCCCCAGAGUGCCAGCACCUGAUCUGA